AUGGUGGGGCAUAUUGAGAGAGUCUGUUCCCAAAGAAUUCAGGAUGUAAAAAAUCAUAGUUUGAGGGAGGGACAAUUUGGGGAAUGGAUGAGAGCUGGAGAAGGUUUACAGAGUCAGAAUUGGAAUAUGGCUGGUUCAUCUUCAGAACAGGAGAAAGACCAACCCUCUUCUCGCAGUAAUGGUAAUAAUGCAAUUGCUGAUAAUGAGAUUAUAGCUAGAAACUCUAAUGGGGGGUCCAACAAGUCAUCCUUUAAAGAGCCAACCCAUGAAGGAGCUAGAUCCAGUUCAUCCAAACUAGUUCCAGGUCAGUCUUCUGAUAAUAUGGAGAGGGAUCUAAUUCUUUUUGAGGAUCAGAAUUUGAGGCAGAAACAAGUGAUAGUCGAUGAAGAGUUGGUGUCAGGAAAGGCAUUGGAGGAACGUCUUAACUCAGGAGAGGGAAAUAUUAAGGUAACUACUAAUGUUAUGGCCAAAAGAACUUUGCCAGCAUCUCUGGUUGGAAAAAGGACCUGGAAGAGAAAUACUCAGAAGGAAGGAAGAUUAUUGAGAAGCAUUGCUGAAUCAUCUAUGGAGGAGGAUCACCACAUGAGCAAAAGAGGUUGGGAGAAUACAGAAGGGAUCUAG